AUAAAACCUUCCAAAUGAAUCUUGACCUUGAAAAUAUGAACAAUAAUCUUUCUCAAGAAAAUUUUACACCUGUUUUUGAUGAUGAUGAUGACUCUUUGUCUAUUGUAGAUUUAUAUCUAGAUAAUCAGUCAGUAACAGAAACAAGUGCUAGAGACAUAGCAGAAACUAGUGCUAGAGAACUAUACAUCCUCUCUGAACCUAUUUUAGCUGGUCUGCAGACAAGAAGUUUGCUUUUUGCAAUUUAUGUCACACCUGAAGACUAUGAUAGACUUCAGUCAACAUUAGGAAUGCAAAAUGUUGAACCUUAUGUUCCUUUAUAUGAACGGCAUACUGGAAUUUUUAUUGCUGAAAAUAUAAUAGAGCAAGUAGAGUAUUUUGGGCUGAGUAAACAGUUGUUGUCUUUAACUAUGAACAAUGCUGCGAAUAUGGAUGCAUGUGGUCAUUAUUUAGCAACCCUACUUGAAUCAUGUUAUAAUAAUACAAAUUUUUGUAGAAUUAGAUAUGCCUCUUAUAUAUUAAAUCUUACUAUUAAAGAAGGAAUUUCAGUUCUUGAUAAGUCUGUAAAAAAAGCUUGUGAAUUUACUAGUCAUAUUCACUGCUCUCAGCCUAGCUUUGAAGAAUUAAAAAGGUUGAUCAUGAAGCUUUUGAAACCGAUAUAUGAAGCAACUAAACUUCUUUCUUCUUCAAGCCACCCAACACUUGGGGACUUAAGAAUGAUUUUUUAUGUAAUUAUAGAAGUUCUGAAUAAUUCUCAGAUUGAAGAAGAUACGAUUAAAGGUCAAAUUGCAAAAAAAAUUAGUAGAAAAAUUGAUUAUUAUUGGAAUGAAUUGCAAACAUAUUUUCAUGAAGCAGUUCUUCUCGACCCAUUGACCAAAUUUACAACCUUUGAACAUACGGAAGAAAAUACUAUAUCACAAGCUGAAACUCAAACUGAAACAACAUCUGCACGUGACUAUUUUAGACGACAAAUAAAGCAAAUACAUCAUAGUAGUUUUACAUUACAUAAUGAUAUAUUGGAUGAAUAUUUUAAUGCACUCGAUGAAGAUAUGAAAUCUUCAUAUUCACGUUGGAUGCCUCUUGCUCGAAUGGCACGUAAUUAUUUGAUUAUUCAAGCAACUAGUGUAACUAGUGAGCAGAUUUUUUCAAUUGCUAAACAUACUAUAAGUAAAACACGAAAUCGUAUAGAUGCAGAAAAAGCAUGUGCAAGCCUUUGUCUUAAAACAUAG